AUGGGGUUUGGUAGAGGGAUGAGGGUGCCAUUAUGGGCCCUAGCAUUCAUGAUCUGCAGCAUCCAACAGAAAGCUUCUAGUGCAGAAGGUGAAUCGGGAAAGGUCACCAUCAUCCCACCAUUGACAACUACGCCAGUUAUAACAUCCUUCAACUCAGCUCACAAUGGGCAAGUCUGCAGCACAUGGGGCAACUUCCACUACAAGACGUUUGAUGGGGACAUUUAUGAUUUCCCUGGGACCUGCAACUAUGUCUUUGCCUCCCAUUGCAACGCUGCCUUUGAGGACUUCAACAUCCAGAUCAGGCGCACAGUGGUGAACGACAUUCCCACUAUCAGUUCUGUCACCAUGCGGUUGGAUGGGAUGGAUUUUGUAAUGCAAAAAGAUGCCAUUGUGGUGAAUGGUGAAAGGGUUCAGCUGCCUUACCCUGGAUCAGGAUUCAGUAUUGAGAAAUUUACCAUCUAUGUGAGAGUGAUUGUCAAGCUGGGUCUAACCAUACUGUGGAAUGAAAAAGACAGUCUAAUGCUGGAACUUGAUAAAAAAUAUGCCAAUCAGACCUGUGGACUUUGUGGGGAUUUUAAUGGCAUUCCAAAAUACAAUGAGUUCUUUUCAAACAGGGAUGACAUAACUGCUUUGCAGUUUGGGAAUAUGCAGAAGCUGAAUGGGCCGACAGAAGAAUGUGAAGAUCCUACACCGGUAUCUCUGAGCAACUGUACCGAUGAAUUUGAGUUUUGCCAGCGUGUACUGACUGGCUCUUCAUUCUUUCAAUGCAAUGCUGUGGUGGGAGUUAAUGACUACAUUGAGUCUUGUGUGCAAGACCUGUGCCUCUGUAAACAAGAUGAUCUCACCUCCUGUCUCUGCGACACUUUUGCUGAAUAUUCCCGGCAAUGUGCUCAUGCUGGUGGGGAACCUCAGAACUGGAGAAGCCCAGACCUGUGCCCAAUGGAAUGCUCUUCCAACAUGCAGUAUCAAGAAUGUGAAUCACCCUGUACAGACACUUGCUCCAACUCUGAAAGAUCUCAGCUGUGUGAGGACCACUGUGUGGAUGGUUGCUUCUGUCCACCAGGAACUGUAUAUGAUGACAUUGACAAUGCUGGCUGCAUCCCCCAUGAGCAGUGUUCAUGUGUUUACAACGGAAAAUCCUAUGCUCCAGGGACAACUUUUUCAGACAACUGCCGUUCUUGUUCCUGUCUUGGGGGCCAAUGGAACUGCACAGAACUCCCAUGUCCUGGCAUUUGUUCAGUAGAAGGUGGAUCACACAUCUCCACUUUUGAUGAAAAACGUUAUAAUGUCCAUGGAGAUUGCGUUUACGUUCUCUCAAAGUUUUGUGGAGACGAUACAUUUAGUGUUCUUGGAGAACUCCGCAAAUGUGGCCUGACAGAGACUGAGACAUGCUUGAAGAUGGUUGCCCUCAACAUCAAUGGAGACCAGACUACCAUUGUGAUCAGUCCUAAUGGUGGUGUAUUAGUCAACUCGCUCUACACUCAGCUGCCUCUCUCAGCAGCUAAUGUAACCAUGUUCAGACCUUCGUCCUUCUUCAUCAUGGUGCAUACAAACUUUGGCCUUCAGCUAGCGAUCCAGCUCGUACCCACAAUGCAAUUGUAUAUUCAUGUGGAUCCAUCUUUCCGAGGAAGAACUUGUGGUCUCUGUGGAAACUUUGACAAGCGCCAGAUGGAUGACUUCACAGCCAUAAGUGGAGUGGUGGAAGGAACAGCAUCUGCAUUUGCUAACACCUGGAAAACUCAGGCUGGAUGUCCCAACAUCAAACAAAAUUUUGAGGACCCUUGCACGCUUAGCAUUGAAAAUGAAAAAUACGCCCGUCAUUGGUGUGGAUUGCUGACUGACUCUGAAGGACCUUUUGCUAAAUGUCAUGCCUCAGUGAAUCCAGCUUCUUAUCAUACGAAUUGCAUGUUUGACACCUGCAACUGUGAAAGAAGUGAGGAUUGCAUGUGUGCUGCCCUCUCUUCCUAUGUUAGAGCCUGUGCAGCUGAAAAAGUAGAGCUUCCAGGAUGGAGGACCAAUGUCUGUUCCAAAUACACCACUUCAUGCCCCAAAUCCCUGAAUUACAGCUAUUCCAUCAGUUCUUGUCAACCUACCUGCCGAUCUCUGAGUGAACCUGAUGUUACCUGCAAUGUCAAAUUUGUCCCAGUUGAUGGAUGCACCUGUGAAAGUGGAACCUACAUGGAUGAUUAUGGAAAAUGUGUACCUGCUAACAAAUGCCCAUGCUAUUACAAAGGGACGUCAAUACUCUCCGGUGAAGUGCUCCACGACGUUGGUGUUUUGUGCACAUGUAGCCAAGGAAAGUUGAACUGCAUUGGUGAUCAGGACACAAAACAGGUCUGCGUUGCCCCCAUGGUCUACUUUAACUGCAGAAAUGCCACUGCAGGCCAAACUGGAGCUGAAUGCCAGAAAAGCUGUCAGACUCUUGAUAUGCACUGUUACAGCACACAGUGUGUCUCUGGCUGCAUGUGCCCUGCUGGGCUGGUGUCAGAUGGUAAAGGGGGCUGCAUCGCUAUGGAAGAGUGUCCAUGCAUUCACAAUGAUGCCACAUAUCAGCCAGGAGAGAAGAUUAAAGUCAACUGUAAUACCUGCGUAUGUAAGAACAGGAUGUGGGAAUGUACCAAGGACAGAUGCCUAGGUACCUGUGCUGUUUAUGGAGAUGGGCAUUAUAUCACCUUUGACGACAAGCGUUACAUUUUCAGUGGGAAAUGUGAAUAUACACUAGUUCAGGAUCACUGUGGACAGAACAGCUCUUCCCCCGGAACAUUCCGAGUCAUCACCGAAAAUGUUCCCUGUGGUACUACUGGAACCACUUGCUCAAAAUCUAUUAAAGUCUUCUUUGGGAACUAUGACCUGAUUCUCAGUGAGGAGCACCAUGAAUUAAUACAAAGGGGUGAUGGAGGCCAAGUACCUUACAAGAUUCGCUACAUGGGCAUGUAUUUGGUUAUUGAAGCCAACAAUGGGCUGAUCCUUUUAUGGGAUAAGAAAACCAGCAUAUUUAUCAAAUUACGUGAUGAUUUCAAGGGUCAGGUCUGUGGUUUAUGUGGGAACUAUGAUGGCAAUGGAAUGAAUGACUUCACUACCCGGAGUCAGUCUGUAGUAGGUGAUGUGCUGGAGUUUGGUAACAGUUGGAAGGUGUCUCCCACAUGUCCUGAAGCCAAAUGCACAAAGGAUCCCUGCUUCAAGAACCCUUACAGAAAGUCCUGGGCACAGAAGCAAUGCAGCAUCAUCAACAGCAAGGCCUUUGCUGCCUGCCACUCUCAGGUUGACCCGACAAGAUAUUAUGAAGCUUGUGUAACUGAUUCCUGCGCUUGUGACACGGGGGGAGAUUGUGAAUGCUUCUGUACAGCUGUAGCUGCGUACGCUCAAGCAUGUAGUGAAUUUGGAGUGUGCAUAUCAUGGAGAACACCAUCAUUCUGUCCAAUGUUCUGUGACUAUUACAAUGCUGAACGAGAAUGUGAAUGGCACUACAAGCCUUGUGGAGCCCCAUGCAUGAAGACAUGCAGAAACCCGAGUGGGAGAUGCCAUUAUCAGUUGCCUGGCUUGGAAGGCUGCUACCCACACUGUCCAGCAGACAGGCCUUAUUUCAAUGAGGAUGAGAUGACUUGUGUUGAUGUGUGUGGCUGUUAUGAUGAUCAGGGUAACUACCAUCCACUAGGAAAAACAUUUGACUCGAGAAAGACAUGUCAAUCAUGUACAUGCACCAGUAAAGGCAUAGAGUGUAACUACGAUGCCAAAGCAUGCUACUGCUAUUAUGAAGGAAAGACAUAUAUCUACAAGGAUGUCAUCUACAACACCACAGAUGGCUUGGGCUGGUGCAUGACUGCAACCUGUGAUGUUAAUGGAACAAUCCACAGAGAACUAUUCAGAUGUGGUGGGACUACCACAAUACCACCUACAGUUUCAACUACAGCACCAAGUGAAGCAGAAACCACUACAGCGCAAACAACAGUAUGUGUCCAUAGAACAUGUGAAUGGACUGUAUGGUAUGAUGUCAGCUACCCUAAAUUUGGACGAGACAAUGGGGAUUAUGAAACACCAGAGAAAAUAAGAGAAAGAGGAAAUAAAGUAUGUAAAAUGCCAGAUGAAGUGGAAUGCAGAGCUCAGCGCUUUCCUAAUGAAAAAAUAGAAACACUCGGACAAAAUGUACAGUGCUCCAAGUCUGAUGGUUUGAUAUGCAACAAUAAGGAUCAGACACCACCAAUCUGCUUGAAUUUUGAAAUCAGGUUCCUAUGCUGCCUAUACACACCAUGUGGUGCAUCAACAUCUACACCAAUUACUUCAAGAAAGCCAGAAACAACUCCAGCAACACCAGAAAUAAUAACAACAGAAUCCAUAACUACAUCUAAAGUGACAGGGGGCAUAACUACUACCCUGACUCCCCUUGUUACCACUACGCCAGGAAGCACCACUCCCGUUUGCCAACCCAAAUGCCAGUGGACCUCUUGGUUCAGUUUUCACACUCCAAGCUCUGACCCUGGGGAUGGCGAUCACGAGGACAUUAAGAGCAUCCAGGCAUCGGGGGGUACCAUCUGCGAGCACCCUGAAAAGGUGGAGUGCAGAGCAGUGGACUACCCAGACCUCAGCGCAUCUGAACUUGGACAGAACAUGGUGUGCGAUCCUACCAUUGGACUCCUUUGCGAGAAUGCCAAACAGAAAGGGAAGUACAAGAUAUGUUAUGACUAUGAGAUGAGAGGACUGUGUUGCGACUACAAGCACUGUGAAACCACGCCAACGCCACUGGUCACAACAAUAAUCACAGGAAAGCCAACAACCACAGAAACACCAGGCAGCACGGCAGGCAAGAGCACGGCUCCAGCAUCCUCCACCGGCUCUACACCACCUCCCGUUGUAUUCACCACCACAGAAAGCACCACCCUUGUUUCAACAACUCCAGGAGUUACAACCGGAAAGCCAACCACCACCACCCAGUCAAUGCCAAUUUCCACCCUGCCUCUCACAACACCAGGAGUUACAACCGGAAAGCCAACCACCACCACCCAGUCAAUGCCGAUUUCCACCCUGCCUCUCACAACACCAGGCUCAGUCAGCACAGCUGCCACCACCACUGAAAGCACCACCCUUGUUUCCACAACACCAGGAGUAGCCACAGGAAAGCCAACAACCACAGAAACACCAGGCAGCACGGCAGGCAAGAGCACGGCUCCAGCAUCCUCCACUGGCUCUACACCACCUCCCGUUGUAUUCACCACCACCGAAAGCACCACCCUUGUUUCAACAACUCCAGGAGUUACAACCGGAAAGCCAACCACCACCACCCAGUCAAUGCCGAUUUCCACCCUGCCUCUCACAACACCAGGCUCAGUCAGCACAGGUGCCAUUUCCACUGGAGUGGUCCCCACUGUGACAGCCACAACACUCCAGUCCACUCCUGUUUCCAAACCUUCCUCAACAAUACCAACCACCGGGACCACUGCACAAACCCCUCCAGUCCUGCUGACCACAACCACUCUGGCUCCCCUUGUUACCACUACGGCAGGAAGCACCACUCCCGUUUGCCAACCCAAAUGCCAGUGGACCUCUUGGUUCAGUUUUCACACUCCAAGCUCCGACCCUGGGGAUGGCGAUCACGAGGACAUUAAGAGCAUCCAGGCAUUGGGGGGCACCAUCUGCGAGCACCCUGAAAAGGUGGAGUGCAGAGCAGUGGACUACCCAGAUCUCAGCGCAUCUGAACUUGGACAGAACAUGGUGUGCGAUCCUACCAUUGGACUCCUUUGCGAGAAUGCCAAACAGAAAGGGAAGUACAAGAUAUGUUACGACUAUGAGAUGAGAGGACUGUGUUGCGACUACAAGCACUGUGAAACCACGCCAACGCCACUGGUCACAACAAGUGCCACCACCAAAGAAGCCCCAGGUAGUACGGUGGGCAAGAGCACAGCUCCAGCAUCCUCCACGGGCUCUACGCCACCUCCCGUUGUCCACACCACCACUGAAAGCACCACCCUUGUUUCCACAACACCAGGAGUAGCCACAGGAAAGCCAACAACCACAGAAACACCAGGCAGCACGGCAAGCAAGAGCACGGUUCCAGCAUCCUCCACCGGCUCUACACCACCUCCCGUUGUAUUCACCACCACAGAAAGCACCACCCUUGUUUCAACAACUCCAGGAGUUACAACCGGAAAGCCAACCACCACCACCCAGUCAAUGCCGAUUUCCACCCUGCCUCUCACAACACCAGGCUCAGUCAGCACAGGUGCCAUUUCCACUGGAGUGGUCCCCACUGUGACAGCCACAACACUCCAGUCCACUCCUGUUUCCAAACCUUCCUCAACAAUACCAACCACCGGGACCACUGCGCAAACCCCUCCAGUCCUGCUGACCACAACCACUCUGGCUCCCCUUGUUACCACUACGGCAGGAAGCACCACUCCCGUUUGCCAACCCAAAUGCCAGUGGACCUCUUGGUUCAGUUUUCAUACUCCAAGCUCCGACCCUGGGGAUGGCGAUCACGAGGACAUUAAGAGCAUCCAGGCAUUGGGGGGCACCAUCUGCGAGCACCCUGAAAAGGUGGAGUGCAGAGCAGUGGACUACCCAGACCUCAGCGCAUCUGAACUUGGACAGAACAUGGUGUGCGAUCCUACCAUUGGACUCCUUUGCGAGAAUGCCAAACAGAAAGGGAAGUACAAGAUAUGUUACGACUAUGAGAUGAGAGGACUGUGUUGCGACUACAAGCACUGUGAAACCACGCCAACGCCAUUGGUCACAACAAGUGCCACCACUAAAGAAGCCCCAGGUAGUACGGUGGGCAAGAGCACAGCUCCAGCAUCCUCCACGGGCUCUACGCCACCUCCCGUUGUCCACACCACCACUGAAAGCACCACCCUUGUUUCCACAACACCAGGAGUAGCCACAGGAAAGCCAACAACCACAGAAACACCAGGCAGCACGGCAGGCAAGAGCACGGCUCCAGCAUCCUCCACCGGCUCUACGCCACCUCCCGUUGUAUUCACCACCACCGAAAGCACCACCCUUGUUUCAACAACUCCAGGAGUUACAACCGGAAAGCCAACCACCACCACCCAGUCAAUGCCAAUUUCCACCCUCCCUCUCACAACACCAGGUUCACUCAGCACAGCUGCCAUUUCCACUGGAGUGGUCCCCACUGUGACAGCCACAACACUCCAGUCCACUCCUGUUUCCAAACCUUCCUCAACAAUACCAACCACCGGGACCACUGCACAAACCCCUCCAGUCCUGCUGACCACAACCACUCUGGCUCCCCUUGUUACCACUACGGCAGGAAGCACCACUCCCGUUUGCCAACCCAAAUGCCAGUGGACCUCUUGGUUCAGUUUUCACACUCCAAGCUCCGACCCUGGAGAUGGCGAUCACGAGGACAUUAAGAGCAUCCAGGCAUCAGGGGGCACCAUCUGCGAGCACCCUGAAAAGGUGGAGUGCAGAGCAGUGGACUACCCAGACCUCAGCGCAUCUGAACUUGGACAGAACAUGGUGUGCGAUCCCACCAUUGGACUCCUUUGCGAGAAUGCCAAACAGAAAGGGAAGUACAAGAUAUGUUACGAUUAUGAAAUGAGAGGACUGUGUUGCGACUACAAGCACUGUGAAACCACACCAACACCACUGGUCACAACAAGUGCCACCACCAAAGAAGCCCCCGGUAGCACGGUGGGCAAGAGCACAUCUCCAGCAUCCUCCACGGGCUCUACGCCACCUCCCGUUGUCCACACCACCACUGAAAGCACCACCCUUGUUUCCACAACACCAGGAGUAGCCACAGGAAAGCCAACAACCACAGAAACACCAGGCAGCACGACAGGCAAGAGCACGGCUCCAGCAUCCUCCACCGGCUCUACACCACCUCCCGUUGUAUUCACCACCACCGAAAGCACCACCCUUGUUUCAACAACUCCAGGAGUUACAACCGGAAAGCCAACCACCACCACCCAGUCAAUGCCGAUUUCCACCCUGCCUCUCACAACACCAGGCUCAGUCAGCACAGGUGCCAUUUCCACUGGAGUGGUCCCCACUGUGACAGCCACAACACUCCAGUCCACUCCUGUUUCCAAACCUUCCUCAACAAUACCAACCACCGGGACCACUGCACAAACCCCUCCAGUCCUGCUGACCACAACCACUCUGGCUCCCCUUGUUACCACUACGGCAGGAAGCACCACUCCCGUUUGCCAACCCAAAUGCCAGUGGACCUCUUGGUUCAGUUUUCACACUCCAAGCUCCGACCCUGGGGAUGGCGAUCACGAGGACAUUAAGAGCAUCCAGGCAUUGGGGGGCACCAUCUGCGAGCACCCUGAAAAGGUGGAGUGCAGAGCAGUGGACUACCCAGACCUCAGCGCAUCUGAACUUGGACAGAACAUGGUGUGCGAUCCUACCAUUGGACUCCUUUGCGAGAAUGCCAAACAGAAAGGGAAGUACAAGAUAUGUUACGACUAUGAGAUGAGAGGACUGUGUUGCGACUACAAGCACUGUGAAACCACGCCAACGCCACUGGUCACAACAAGUGCCACCACCAAAGAAACCCCAGGUAGUACGGUGGGCAAGAGCACAGCUCCAGCAUCCUCCACGGGCUCUACGCCACCUCCCGUUGUCCACACCACCACUGAAAGCACCACCCUUGUUUCCACAACACCAGGAGUAGCCACAGGAAAGCCAACAACCACAGAAACACCAGGCAGCACGGCAAGCAAGAGCACGGUUCCAGCAUCCUCCACCGGCUCUACACCACCUCCCGUUGUAUUCACCACCACAGAAAGCACCACCCUUGUUUCAACAACUCCAGGAGUUACAACCGGAAAGCCAACCACCACCACCCAGUCAAUGCCGAUUUCCACCCUGCCUCUCACAACACCAGGCUCAGUCAGCACAGGUGCCAUUUCCACUGGAGUGGUCCCCACUGUGACAGCCACAACACUCCAGUCCACUCCUGUUUCCAAACCUUCCUCAACAAUACCCACCACCGGGACCACUGCACAAACCCCUCCAGUCCUGCUGACCACGACAACCACCCUGGCUCCCCUUGUUACCACUACGCCAGGAAGCACCACUCCCGUUUGCCAACCCAAAUGCCAGUGGACCUCUUGGUUCAGUUUUCACACUCCAAGCUCCGACCCUGGGGAUGGCGAUCACGAGGACAUUAAGAGCAUCCAGGCAUCAGGGGGCAUCAUCUGUGAUCACCCUGAAAAGGUGGAGUGCAGAGCAGUGGACUACCCAGACCUCAGCGCUUCUGAACUUGGACAGAACAUGGUGUGCGAUCCUACCAUUGGACUCCUUUGCGAGAAUGCCAAACAGAAAGGGAAGUACAAGAUAUGUUACGAUUAUGAGAUGAGAGGACUGUGUUGCGACUACAAGCACUGUGAAACCACGCCAACGCCACUGGUCACAACAAGUGCCACCACCAAAGAAGCCCCCGGUAGCACGGUAGGCAAGAGCACAGCUCCAGCAUCCUCCACGGGCUCUACGCCACCUCCCGUUGUCCACACCACCACUGAAAGCACCACCCUUGUGUCCACAACACCAGGAGUAAUCACAGGAAAGCCAACAACCACAGAAACACCAGGCAGCACGGCAGGCAAGAGCACGGCUCCUGCAUCCUCCACCGGCUCUACGCCACCUCCCGUUGUCCACACCACCACUGAAAGCACCACCCUUGUUUCCACAACACCAGGAGUUAUAACCGGAAAGCCAACAACCACAGAAACACCAGGCAGCACGGCAGGCAAGAGCACGGCUCCAGCAUCCUCCACGGGCUCUACGCCACCUCCUGUUGUCCAUACCACCACUGAAAGCACCACCCUUGUUUCGACAACUCCAGGAGUUACAACCAGAAAGCCAACCACCACCACCCAGUCAACGCCCAUUUCCACCCUACCUCUCACAACACCAGGCUCAGUCAGCACAGCUGCCGUCUCCACUGGAGUGGUCCCCACUGUGACAGGCACAACACUCCAGUCCACAGCUGUUUCAAAACCUUCCUCAACAAUACCCACCACCGGGACCACUGCACAAACCCCUCCAGUCCUGCUGACUACAACAACAACCAUGGCCCCCCUUGUUACCACUACGCUAGAAAGUACUUCAACUGUGUGCCUUCCAAAGUGUAAUUGGACCUCCUGGUACGAUUUGCACCGUCCUACCAACAGUCCAGAUGAUGGCGAUAUUGAGAAUUUUGAGACCAUCCGAAAAGCUGGUGGAAAUGUUUGCAAACAUCCACAAGACAUUGAAUGCAGAGCUGAAAGUCACCCUGAUGUCAGCCUGUAUCUGCUUGGUCAGGAAGUGCAAUGUAACCUCCAUGUUGGACUUUUGUGCGAAAAUUCAAAGCAAACAGAUAAGAUGUGUCUGAACUUUCAGGUUAGAUACCAGUGCUGUGAAUACAAGCCUUGCCAUCCUAGCACAACACCCCUGAGCACACCAGGUGUAGCUACGACAGAAACACCAGGCAGCACGGCAGGCGAAAGCACAACUCCAGCAUCCUCCAAGGGCUCUACGCCACCUCCCAUUGUAUUCACCACCACCCAAAGCACGACUCUUGUUUCCACAAAUCCAGGAGUAACCACAGGAAAGCCAACGACUACAGAAACACCAGGCAGCACUGCUGGCAAGAUCACAGCCCCAGCAUCCUCCACAGCUUCUACGCCACCUCCCAUUGUAGUCACCACUACCCAAAGCACCACCCUUGUUUCUACCACUCCAGGAAUUACAACAGGAAAGCCAAUCACCACCACCCCUUCGACUCCCAUUUCCACCAUCCCUCUCUCAACUCCUGGCUCUGUAAGCACACCUUCCAUCACUUCUGGAGGGGCUUCCACUGUUUCAACCACAUCUCUUCCAUCUACCCAUUUUUCCAAACCUGUGUCAACGAUAUCCACUACUGGGUUCACUGUAGAAACAGCAACUGUCCCUACUAGAGUGCCAUUUUCCACUAAGCCUUUGGUCGUUGUUACAACAGCAGCAACAAGUACUUCCAUACCUUCUACAACAGGAACUAGCACAUUCACUUUGAGCAGUACAACUCCAUGUUUCUGUCGUGUGCCCGGAUUUAGUAAGGGCUUGUUUUCUCCUGGGGAAGUAAUAUACAAUAGAACUGAUAGUUCCGGAUGCAGUUUUUAUGCAAUUUGCAACAGAAGCUGUGAAAUUGAGGUGUUCCAGGGACCAUGUCCUUCAACAACUCCUUCCCACCCAUCAACACCAUCAGUUACAACUGCAGGAACCCCGCCUUCUCCGUCACCCACUAUUGUUGUUCCAUCAACUGGAGUAUACACUACUGCAGCUUUAUCAACCCCCACAACUCCUGUAACAGGUUGCCCUGAUAUUGAUCCACCAAGAAAGACCAAUGAAACUUGGAUGUUUAACAACUGCACUGUGGCAACUUGUGAAGGAAACAACAAAAUAGUUCUGAAGCCACAACCACCUGUAGAGAAGACAGUAUGUGUGAGUGGACUCCCACCAAUAAAAAUAGUAGAUAAGGAUGGCUGUGUUGAACGCUACGAAUGUGAAUGUAUUUGCACUGGUUGGGAUGCUAACUAUCUGACAUUUGAUGGCACUGAUUACACUUUCCAUGACAACUGCACUUACAUCUUGGUGAAAGAGAUUGUGAAUAUACAUGGAAACUUUAGUGUUUUGGUUGACAAUUACUUCUGUGAUGUAACUAACAAUCAGUCCUGUUCCAGAGCCAUCAUUGUAAAUUACAAUUCAAUGGAAGUUGUGCUAAGCAGUGAAGUGCAUGAAGGAGUGAGAAUUAACAAGGUUAUUUUCAACCAUGAGCCAGUCAAUGGAGAUUUCACCAAAUAUGGUAUUUCUGUCACCAGUACUGGUACUGUCAUGAGUGUCGAAAUCCCUGCACUCCAAGCUUUUAUAUCUUUCAACGGGCUCACUUUCUCAGUAAAACUCCCCUUUGGCCUAUUUCAACAUAACACAGAGGGGCAAUGUGGGGUAUGUUCAAAUGACAAGACAGAUGACUGCCGCCUCCCCAACGGCCAUGAAGCUUCCUCUUGCUCAGAAAUGGCCAGCUACUGGAAGACGUAUGAUAAAAACAAGCCCCAUUGCUAUGGAGUGCCAACAACAUCACCUCCGACAACAACACCGCAUGAGCCAAGAACGACAACACCAGCACCAACACCCUGCACCACUCCAUCUCCUCUAUGCGAGCUGAUUGUGAGCGAUGUCUUUGAAGAAUGCCAUAAGGUUCUGCCUCCCAGAAUAUACUAUGAAGACUGCCUCCUUGAAGCCUGUCAGUCUUCCAAUGAUUCUGUGCCUUGCUACAAUUUGGAGAUAUAUGCUUCCCUCUGCAUAGCUAAAGGGGUUUGUACUGACUGGAGGAACAUGACGCUAGGAAAAUGCCCAUACCACUGCCCCAAAGACAAGGUGUACAAUGCAUGUGGCCCCAUUCACCCUGUCACCUGUGAUGAUGGGUAUGAUACAAGUGAGCAUGUUGCUGAAGGGUGCUUCUGCCCCAAGGACAAAAUCCUCUUCAAUACAUACACGGAUAUCUGUGUCAAAACAUGUGGUUGCGUGGGACCAGAUGGAUUGCCCAGACCACCUGGCUCCUCAUGGAAGAGCAACUGUCAAGAGUGUAUUUGUGACCCAUUGACUGAGAGCGUCCAGUGCAAGCCACAAACCUGUGUGUCAUCGGAAGCACCCAAAUGUGAGAAAGAAGGGUUUGUGCCUAUCCCUGUGCUGACACCCGGAGACCCGUGCUGUCCAGAACUUCAAUGCAAAUGCAAUACUACUACCUGCUCCAACGAAAAGAAACCUUGUGAACUUGGAUACGAGGCAACCCCAGUCCUGCUUGAAGGAGACUGUUGUGUCAGCUUUCCCUGUAAACCGAUCCCAGAUGUCUGUCUUGUCAAUGGAACACUUUACAGGGCUGAAAUGCCUAUUCCUAGCAAGCCUUGUGAAACGUGUGUCUGCAGCUCUGAAAAGGACCCAGACUCCAAUACAAAUCUUGUAAAAUGUCAACCAGUUACAUGUGAUACGGAUUGUCGAGCGGGUUACGAGUACCAGGUAGAAGCUGGGGAGUGUUGUGGAAAGUGUGUCCAGAAUGCAUGCAUAAUCAACAUGAAUGAAACCACUGAGAUACUACAGCCUGGUGAAAUUUGGCCACCAGGAGGAAAUAACUGCACCUACUACGAAUGUGAGCAAAUGAAUGAUACAUUCAUUCUGGUCCAAUCUAAAAGGAAAUGCCCCAUCAUUCAUCCAGAGGAGUGUGAAUCUCAUGAACUUGAACUGACUCCUGAUGGCUGCUGUGAAACUUGUAAACCUAAAACAAACGACUGCAAGGUUCACAAGAACCAAACUCUUAUCCGACAGAAUGAAUGCAUAUCUUCUGAAGUUGUGGAACUGACCUACUGUGAAGGGGCUUGUCCAAGCUCUUCAAAGUAUUCCAGUGAAGCAAAAGCAAUGCAACACGAGUGUACCUGCUGCCAGGAGCUCAAGAGCCAUAGGAGAAAUGUGACCUUGACAUGCCAGGAUGGCAAAAGCAUUGACUAUGACUACAUCUACGUGGACGAGUGUCAGUGCAUGACUGCGUGCAUUCCACAAUCCAAAAUUUAG